CGUCAUUAUUGUGCGACAAAAAGAGGUGAAAGGUAACACUGCUCCAAAGCAGCAAGAUUUUAGAGGCAGUUGAAGGAGAGGUGCUAUAAAUUUUCUUGCGAUGAGUUUAAACGGAUUAUUUCGUUUUUCAAAAUCCGUAAAAUUUGGAAGGCUACUGUCGCCGCGAGUUUCACAGUCUGGGAAUGAAGUCACACCAUAUUUGCAGUCUGAACGCUUUUUCAGGACACAUACGAGAAAGCUUGCGUAUGCUAAAGACUUGUUUCUUGGCAAAGUAAACAAGAAUGAGGUCUUUCCGUAUCCAGAAGUUAGCCGUGAAGAGUUAGACGAGAUCAACCAGUUUGUUUCACCGGUGGAGAAGUUUUUUAACGAAGAUGUUGAUUCCAAGAGAAUCGACCACGAAGCGAAAAUCCCUGCCGAAACUCUGAAUGGGUUGAAAGAGCUUGGUCUGUUUGGAAUCCAAGUGCCGGAGGAAUAUGGGGGUCUUGGACUGUCCAAUACUAUGUAUGCUCGUCUGGGGGAGAUAAUAUCCUUGGACGGCUCCAUUGCUGUAACAUUGGCAGCCCAUCAAGCUAUUGGUCUCAAGGGGAUCCUAAUAGCUGGAAAUGAGGAGCAGAAAGCCAAGUACUUGCCCAAGCUGGCCACAGGGGAGUACGUGGCGGCCUUCUGCCUGACGGAACCUGGAAGUGGGAGUGAUGCAGCCUCCAUUCAGACUCGAGCGACGCUGACCGAGGAUGGGAAACACUACCUGAUCAACGGAUCCAAGUUCUGGAUUUCCAAUGGGGGCUUGGCGGAUAUUUUCACGGUGUUCGCAAGGACAGAUGUGGUGGACAAGGACGGGCAGAAGAAGGACAAGAUCUCGGCGUUCAUCGUCGAGAGGGCGUUCGGGGGCGUCAUCAGCGGGCAACCGGAGGACAAGCUGGGCAUCCGCGGCUCUAACACCUGUGAAGUGGUGUUUGACAACACCAAGGUGCCGGUGGAGAAUGUAAUUGGCGAAGUCGGAGGUGGAUUUAAGGUUGCAAUGAACAUCCUGAACAGUGGGAGGUUCAGCAUGGGCAGUGCAGGAGCAGGAAUGAUCAAGAAGCUGAUUGAGUUGACGUCCGAGUAUGCAGGAACGAGGAAGCAGUUUAACAAGAGCCUGAGCGAGUUUGGAAUGGUCCAGGAGAAGUUUGCAGUGAUGGCCCAGAAUGCCUUUGUGAUGGAGAGCAUGGCGUAUCUGACCGCGGGGAUGAUGGACAGACCCGGAGUGCCCGACUGUUCUCUGGAGGCGGCCAUGGUGAAGGUGUUCAGCUCAGAGGGGGGCUGGGUGUGCGUCAGCGAGGCCCUGCAGGUGCUGGGGGGGCUGGGCUACACCAAAAACUUCCCCUACGAGCGCUACCUGAGAGAUUGCCGCAUCCUGCUUAUCUUUGAGGGCACCAAUGAAAUCCUGAGGAUGUAUAUCGCACUGACGGGAAUGCAGCACGCCGGCAAAAUAUUGACCGGAAAAAUAAAGGAGAUGAAGAAGGGGAACAUAGGCGUGGCCCUGGAGAUGUUUGGGAAGAAGCUGCGGGACUCCGUGGGCCGAAAAGUGGAUCUGGGCCUGACUGGCAAAGACGGAGUGGUGCACCCCAGCCUGACGGACAGUGCGAAGAAGUUUGAGGAGAAUGUGUGUGUGUUUGGCUCCACUGUUGAAAGCCUGCUUUACAGAUAUGGGAAGACGAUCGUGGACGAGCAGCUGGUCCUGAAGAAGGUUGCGGACGUGCUGAUUAACCUGUACGCCAUGACCGCGGUCCUGUCCCGAGCCUCACGGUCCAUCAGCAUUGGUCUGCGCAACCACGACCAUGAGGUGCUUCUUGCGAACACGUUCUGUUCCGACGCCUAUUUCAAAAACAACUACUGGAUGACUCAGCUGCAAAGGAAUUCUCCUGAGAACAACGAUGAGAGCAUAAAGAAGAUUGCUAAGGAGGUUCUGUCACAAAGGGCUUAUAUCUGCUCCCAUCCCCUCGAAAGGACUUACUGAGAAGGCAUCUGCAGAAAAAAUGGCAAAUUAGUCUCCUGUGGUCCCCACCAGACACCUCCUGUUCAGUGCAUAAUUACUUGCAUGGCAUUAUCCAAUAGUGCUGAAUUCACAAUUCUCAGUCAUGAACAUAGCUUUUGCAAUGAUAUUAAUUUAAAUGUAUACAUAGCAGUAAUUCUUUCCAUGAGCUAUUAAAACAGUAAUUGUACAAAAGCAUUGCAAAAGGUACUUUCGAUAUACAGAUUCUUUUUUCUUUUCUUUUUUUUUGCCAGCAGUACUACACUGGUGUUGACACUUUGGGAAAUUUUUACGAAAUCUACAGUGUUUGGCGGUUUGCGAUCUGUGUUGCCGUCUUUCUCCAAGCCACCGAAGUGCUUCUCACUAAACGUACUGCAGUCUCGCGCCACACGGUCAUGGGUUGGAAAUGAGUGGGGGCUGGAGGGGUGCUUCCUCAGACCACGUGCAGGUAGAUGUGGCUGUAGGUUCUGGUCUCCAUGAUGUUUCCGACGGGCUGUCUCUGGGCGCCCCUGGCAGGGGUCUGGGGGGUCGGGUCUGGCUGCUGGGACAGGCAGGCAGACCUCUCCUCCUCCGUCAGGGGUGCAGCUGCCCUCUUGUAGUGGAAAGAGUGGGGCCUCCAGUAACCUCUGAGGCACAGAGACAUCAGUCAGCACUCACUGUUCUGUUUUUAAUUUAAUUUAAUUUAGUAUUUUUAUAAAUGCUGUGUUCUGGACGUGUAUGUCAACAUUAAUUUAAUAGACCAAAAGCAGUACUCAUGAAUAUUAAAAUGAUUUCCUGGUUA